GGCCCGGACCUCGUCGCGCAGCUCUACGGCUCCAACGUCGUCCUCGAGGCCUUCGGCAACGCGAAGACCCUGCGGAACAACAACUCGAGCCGCUUCGGCAAGUACAUCCGCCUCCUCUACGGGACGGGCAGCCGCCGCAUCGCCGCGGCGACGACGGAGACGUUUCUCCUCGAGAAGUCGCGGCUCGCGCGCGUGCGCCCCGGCGAGCGGGGC